CUCGGGCGCUUAUGUUUAUUUGCGUCGCGAAUCUAGCGGCAUGUGCUCUACCGAGAUCCUCUCUCCAGUGCCGGACCUUCCCCAUCUAUCUAGCUUAAGGGGCCAUAUAGUCUCUAGAGAUACUGGGGUCACGCGCUCCAACAUCCCAAGUAGGGAGGUGAGUGAAGAUAUAUCUUGGCGACAAGGCUGCCAAGUCGCCCUUGCAAGGCCAUUGCAUUGCUUAUCUCAAUUAAUGAAUCGUACAAAUCGGCUCCCUGACCAGAUGCUGUCACCUUGUCUCGGUUGCGAUGUCGUGAUGGAGGUCGCGAGACACAACAUCAGAGGCUGGAGAUGAAAGCCUGACAUUGUUCCUUGCAUGUGCGCAAUGUAUUGAACAGGGACAUGUUAUCAGAUGAAGAAGGUUGCAAGAGUCUCCUCCGACGGAACUGCCGUCUACGGCCUAAAUUCCCGAAGGAACUUGGUAGCCCGUUCGCUGGCAAUGCAUCGGGGUCUUCUAUCUAGCUCCUUGAGGAUGCCAGUCACAAGAGAUCCAAUUGAUUGCACUUCCAAGGGCGCUUCGACACCAGGAACAAUAUCUCCCUCCAGUCAUAUGAGCAUCUUGUGCCUUGGCUCUGCUAGCUCCAAGAGGAAGUUAUCUCAAUAGAGGAAGACUUAAGACAUGUUCAAGCAUUCGAAUGUCUUGGUAUAUCUGCUUUUGAGAUGGUUCUCCGAUAUGGAUGAGAUAGGAUAACGGUAUGUCUGGGGAAAAGAUGAAGAAGUAUAAAGGGGAUGAUGGAUAACAAGAAUGGGAAUCCUGUCAAGCAGACUCGCAAGAAUCCUUCAGUCUCUCAUUGUCAAAUAUCUAUUCUUUCAAGAUGCGCUUUCUCUCUCACGCUGGAACGGUUGCUCUCUUGGCAGCCAAUGUUCUGGGUCACCCAUCUGCCCCAUCUACCUCAAGACGCGGACUCUCCCCAAGAGUCAUCGACUUGACCAAGUUCCGAAUCACAACCGAGAGUACUUACAGCAAUGCCACUGCCACUGCGGAGUCUGAGAUUGUCCCUCUUGUGAGAAGAGCUGACUAUGUUGACACUGCUACUGCCUUGGUUGCAAGCGUAGCACCUGGUGCUGAGUUUCGCGUCGUGGAUGAUCACUACGUGAGCGACUCCGGCAUUGCCCAUGUCAACUUCAAACAAACUGCACACGGUCUAGAUAUCGACAAUGCCGACUUCAAUGUCAACGUUGCCGCUGAUGGAACUGUCUUCUCAUAUGGAAACUCCUUCUACACAGGAGCAAUCCCAGCUGAGAGUCCUCUCGAGAAGCGUGACCAGAUUGACGCGGUCGCUGCUCUGCAAGGCGUGACCAGCACCUUGGUUCUUCCCAUCCAAGCCUCUGAUGCCGUCGCUGUUCCAGAGGAAGCAAUUGAGCACUAUGUCAUUGAAGGCUCCACUGGUACACUAUCCGAGCCAAAAGCAAAGCUCGUCUACUUCCAGAAAGCCGACGGUACUUUGACACUCACCUGGAGAGUCGAAACUGACAUCGGUGACAACUGGCUAUUGUCUUAUCUUGACGCAGUCAGUGGAAGCGAAGUUUUGGGUGUUGUUGACUAUGGCUCAGACGCUUCAUACACUGUCUUCCCCUGGUUAGUCAUCGAUCCCAGCAAGGGGAGCCGCACAGUCGAGACCAACCCUCAGCUCGCCGCUGCUUCUGAGUUUGGAUUCCAGAGUGACGGAACAACAUCCUAUACUGUCACCCGUGGCAAUAACGGUAUCGCACAGGCAAACUGGGAAGGCGACAGUGCCUACCUGAAUGACUACAGACCCGACGGUGGCUCGGGUGCAAACUUCAACUUUGGACUCGACCUGAGAAAUACCGACCCAAAGACCUACGCUAAUGCUUCUGUCGCUCAGCUCUUCUACACUGCAAAUAUGUACCACGAUCUCCUCUACGUCCUCGGAUUCAACGAGGCAGCCGGUAACUUCGAGACCAACAACAACGGUCAAGGCGGCCGUGGUAAUGACGCUGUCCAACUCAAUGCCCAAGACGGAGCUGGUACCAACAAUGCCAACUUCUUUACCCCUGCUGAUGGCACUCCAGGACGUAUGCGCAUGUACAUCUGGACCUAUUCCACCCCAAAACGUGACUGUUCCUUUGACGCUGGCGUAGUCAUCCAUGAAUAUACCCACGGCCUCUCCAACCGCCUCACUGGAGGCCCGGCCAAUUCAGGAUGCCUCGGCACCACCGAGUCAGGCGGCAUGGGCGAAGGAUGGUCCGACUUCAUGGCCAUCGCCAUCCACGUCAAGACAACCGAUACCCGCUCCAAGAACUAUCCACUUGGCGACUGGGUCUACAACAACCCUGCCGGUAUUCGCAACUACCUCUACUCCACCAGCUUGACAACCAACCCAUAUACCUACAAGAGCGUGAACGGCAUGACCGCUGUGCACACCAUUGGUACGGUCUGGGCUACCAUCUUGUACGAGGUCUUCUGGAACUUGGUCGAUCAGUAUGGUAUUACUUCUGCGAGAGUACCAAUCUUCUCUGGCAAGGUGCCAACUGAUGGACGGUUCUUGGCAAUGAAGAUUGUGAUUGAGGGAAUGAAGUUGCAACCUUGCAGCCCAACAUUCAUCACUGCACGAAAUGCCAUCAUCGAUGCUGAUCUCGCUCUGACCGGAGGUGCAAACAAGUGUCUCCUCUGGAAGGGUUUCGCCAAGCGUGGUCUUGGAAGUGGUGCUUCUCAAGGUAGUGGAAGCAACAACCGUGUCGAGAGCUACACUCUGCCGAGCGGUUGUUAAGUAUAGGGGUGUCUAGGAGCGAUUGCAGCUCGGAAGAGUAAUGGGUGGCUCCACAUUUGUGGAAUUUCUUGUUUGCAUACUUUUGGGGUGUCUUCUUCAAAUAGGAGUUUUUGUUUAUGAUGCUAUGAUAUGAUGGAGUUAAGUGGAGAGAAUGAAGCUUGAUAUUCGAUGCGUUGGACCUGGUCCUCUGCCUUCACGGAUUUGAUGCCUACUUGACCUGAUAAAUGUGUUUCAAAUCGUGCUCAUAGUGCAUUCAGCCCAUUUCUAGUUUGAUACCGAGCUUUUUUCGUCCGCAUUGCGCCAUAAUUGUUU